GGGAGCCUGCACUGGGAUCCCUGCCUGGACUCUGCACAUCUCGCAAGAAGAGGAAGAGGAAAACACCACGGUUCCUUCACCGUUGAUAAAAUGGGAAGCAGCAUCUCCCCUGCAGCCCGGGAAGGGAAGCACGGAUCCUUGCCUGGGGAGCAUCCCUGGGAGCUCUGCAGCUGGCAGGACACAGCCCUGUGCCACUGAGAGGUGGGGACAGCGUGGCUGGGGGGGCUGGGGACAGCAUGUCCUUGCAGAGCCGCCGGACCCAGCUGCUGCUGGUCAACUCGCUGACCUUCGGGCUGGAGGUGUGCCUGGCUGCUGGCAUCACCUACGUGCCACCCCUGCUGCUGGAGGUGGGCGUGGAGGAGAAGUUCAUGACCAUGGUUUUGGGGAUAGGCCCUGUCCUUGGGCUGGUUUUUGUGCCUCUGAUCGGCUCGGCCAGCGACCACUGGCACAGCAGCUACGGCCGGAGGAGACCUUUCAUCUGGGUGCUGUGCCUGGGGGUGCUGCUCAGCCUUUUUGUCAUCCCCCACGCCAGCAGCCUGGCCAGCCUGUGUGCCCUCAACCCCCGGCCUCUGGAGAUCGCCUUCCUCAUCCUGGGCAUCGGGCUGCUGGAUUUCUGUGGCCAGGUGUGCUUCACCCCGCUGGAGGCUCUGCUCUCCGACCUCUUCCAGGAGCCGGACAAUUGCCGCCAAGCCUUCUCCAUGUACGCCUUCAUGAUCAGCCUGGGGGGCUGCAUUGGCUACCUGCUGCCAGCCAUCGACUGGGCUUUCCUGGCACCCUAUCUGGGAGGGCAGGAGAGCUGCCUCUUCAGCCUGCUGGCCCUCAUCUUCCUCAGCUGUGUGCUGGCCACGCUGUUUGUGACAGAGGAGGUCGCUCAGGGGGAUAUCCUGGAUGGGCCAGCGCUCAAGGACACGUCCCCAAAGCUGUCCCUGUCCUGCUGGCAGCUGGCACGGGGGUCCUGCGUGCUGCAGGGCAGGCAGGUGCUGCAGGCUGCCAGGGACCUGUGUGCGCUGCUCCCCCGCCUGCACGGCCUCUACUGCCGCAUCCCCAGGGUCAUCCGGCGCCUGUUCGUGGCCGAGCUCUGCAGCUGGAUGGCUCUCAUGACUUUCAUGCUGUUCUACACUGACUUUGUUGGGGAAGGGCUGUACCACGGUGUGCCCAGGGCCAAGCCGGGCACGGAGGCCAGGCGCCACUACGAUGAAGGUGUCCGGAUGGGCAGCCUGGGCCUCUUCCUGCAGUGCAUCACCUCCAUCUUCUUCUCGACAAUCAUGGACCGGCUGGUGAAGCACUUUGGGACGCGGGCAGUGUACCUGGCCAGCGUGGUGUUCUUCCCUGGGGCAGCCUUUGUCAUGUGCCUGUCCCACAGUGUCACCGUGGUCACCAUCUCCGCUGCCCUGACGGGAUUCACCUUCUCCGCCCUCCAGAUCCUGCCCUACACGCUGGCAUCCCUCUACCACCACGACAAGCAGGUAUUUCUGCAUAAAUACAAGAGGAAAGAGGAGGAAGAUACCGCUCUGCUGGACAAGAAAUCAGCUUUCCCCAAGGGGCUGCUCUCCAGCCAGAAGCUCUCUUACCAGAAUGGCCACACUGGGAGCCUCUUCUCCUCCUCUUCCUCCUCACCCUCCUCCCCUCCGGCCGUGUCCAGCUCUGCUUUGUGUGUCAGCUCCUCCUGCGACGUCUCCCUGCGGAUCAUGGUGGGAGAGCCGGAGCUGGGGGCUCCUGGCCGAGGGAUCUGCCUGGACCUGGCCAUCCUGGACAGCGCUUUCCUGCUGUCUCAGGUGGUGCCCUCGCUCGUCAUGGGCUCCAUCGUGCAGUUCACCCAGUCCGUCACUGCCUACAUGGUGUCAGCUGCUGCUUUCGGACUGGUCGCCAUCUACUUCGCUACCAAAGUUGUUUUUGACAAGGGUGACAUGGCCAAGUACUCCGUGUGACACCAGGGCAGCCACGUGGGUGGCACAACCAGCUCCGUGUGUGCCCACAGGGCCUCUUGUGGGGUGCCUGGCGUGGCACCGGCCGUCCCCAAACUGCUGCUGUCACCCCGGGGGUGGCUCUGGGGCUGGGGGCAGCACGGGGUUAAUCUCAGGUGUAAAUAAGAGGCUUUUGGGGUCUUGUGCUCAGGGCCAGAAGUGCUUUCCAAAGGUGCCUUCAGCAGAGGGAAGCAGGGCACAGCAGCACCAAAGGAGUUCUGAAAGGGGGGCAAAGGGAACUGGAGUUUCCCUCUGCUCACGGGGUCGUGUUCCUGAGCUGGAGCAGCACAGGGAGGGGAUCAGGCACUGGCUCUGCUCCCCUCCACCUCCAGCUGCGUCCUCUCCCCCUGCCUGUUGUAGUUUUUCCCAACUUCUUGAGCAAUACUUCAGCAAAUGGGACACUGGGAGGAGAUUUCCUGGGGGAAAAAAAGAAAAAGAAAAAAAAAAAAAGCAGCAGGGUGGCUGAGGUUUGGCUGAAGUUUUGCCCAGGGGUGCACCCACAUUUCUGCCCUCCUGUCCUCCCCCACCUCCAUCCAAAGCCAUCCAGGAGAAAAGUUACUGUGCCUUGUUUAGGGAAAAACAAGGAACAUCCCAUUAGGGCCAGUUCCAAAAGGUGACUUAACCUUUACCAAUGUACCAGCUUGCAUCAGAUAGAGGGAACCUCUGAGCCUUUGCUUUUUUUUUUUUUUUUCCUUUUAAUGAUUGUUUUUUUUACCUUUCUUCACUCAGUUCUCAGUCUCUCUGACCUCUCACUCCUCACCUCAGUGCCUGGACCUGCAUUUUCUCUCUCCUCUCAUAGAUCCAGAGUGUUGUGCCUGUUCCACACAAGGGAAAUCUGUCCCCAGAGGGGUUGUCAGUCGUGGGGUAGUGAAGCAGAGCUCUCCUGGAAGGCCUGGGGGAGCUGCUGCUGAGUCAAACUCAGACCUGGAGCUGGUCACUACCUGUGGCUGUUUGGGCUUUCCUAAAAAAGUGUUUUAUUUCCAGUCAGGAGUGCCUGUUCUCACUGGGGCAGAGCCAAGCCCUGUCACAGCGAGGCAGAGCACCUUGUGUUGAUGUCCAGGUUGUUUUGGCUCCCUGGCCAGUGCCAUUCCUGUCCCAGUGGCCUGGCUGGUGCUGGUCCAGGUCAGGGAUGAUGCAAAGUGCUGGGUUGGUGCUGUGAGCGCACAGCAGUCCUCGAUUCUUCCUAAACCAGCUGUUUGUGACUAAUUUUUAUUUUAUUUUUUUUUUUGUGGAGGUGUGUGGGCAGCCAGACGCACUUGUGAGGUCGGGCUGGAGGGUGAAAUGUUGCUAUUUUGGCAGAGUUUUGUCAGCCUGUUCCUUGGCAGGGAGGCCGGGUGACUCCCCUGCUGUCUGAGCCGGGCCCUCAAAGGUUUGGAAUCGUCCCUUUCCCGUCAGGGGUCACUGUUUUUGUUUUAGUUCUUCUCAAAUUAUAGCCCUGCCAGCCUCCCUUUCCCACAGCAAGGGCUGCGUGCAGCUGUUUUGGGGACGGAUUUGGCAGUGCCUUAACCACUUCCAGAAACAGUUUUUGGGGUCUGGACUUCCUACCCAGGGCUCUGUCCACUUCAGGCUGCAGCAGGAAGGACUGGAGACAAAAUCCCAUUGCCAAAAAAUUGGCUUGAAUAAAUUCUCCCCUGACCCGAGACUGAAAAGCCCUUUAUUUUUAAUAUUUAUUGUGUAAAUGUGAGGAACUUGCCCUGCACAGAGGCUGCUCUGAUGCUUAAAUGAUUUUGAUAAUUUAAGUGCCUUAAGUGCUUCCACACUGAGCUUCAGGUGAAGGGGUUUGGUGGGAAAAGGUGAUAAAUUCUUAAUUUCAA